UACCAUCUCGCGCACGCCAUAACUUUAGUGUCCAGUGCAGUGUAACUCACCAGCUCAGGUUCAAUUUGAAGUUCUAAACUAGUGGUUCUUUCAUUCUUUGAUAGCCCCAACCAAGUUGCAGUUUUGCGCCGAAUUUUUUGUCGCUAACAAGAUGAAGCUGAUUGUUGGAAUUCUUUUGGUCGCCACGGCGUUUGCUUACCCUUUGGGAGAGAGUGAGGAAAAACCGCAAGAACCGCUCGUGAUUUCCGACUCCUACUCGUCAGUGUCCAAGUCCGAAGAAGCGAAGCACGAGUUGGAAAAGGCCAUCCUGAAUGACUCCAGUGCAGAAAACUCUGGCUCCAGCUCGGAAGAGUCCGGAAGCGCCGAGCAGAAACCUGCCGAGCCAAUCAAAGCGCCUGAAGAACCGCUAGCUCCUAUCAGUCUGGAUCAGCCAGCCAUUCCCCAGCAGGAUCAGCCACUGAAGGAAAAAGAGGAGGCUCGGUCAGCCCCCACUGAGCUCCCCAGUGUUCCCGCUCUCUUGCCCACCAUUCAACCCGAAGCGCCCCUGUUGAAACCCGAAGAAAAGCUUGAAGAGCCCAAAAUCGCCGAAGAGAAGAAACCUGAAGAACCAUUGCCCACAUUGAAGAAAGUUGAAACUGAGUCGACUCCUCAACUGAAGUCGCUGGCCGCUGAAGCAGAAAUCAAAGAACCCGCUGGAGAACCCAUCAAGCUGGAAGAGAAAAUCCCUGAAAAACUAGCCGCUGAACAAGAGAAGCCUCUGGCUUUGCCCAUUGCACCUCUGGCCGAACCCAUUGAAGGGCCCCUUGCACCUGCAGCUGCCGCUUCCGAAAUCAAAGAGCAAGUGGUUGUUCUUCAAAACGAGCAGAAAGUUGAAGCACCAGCCGCUGCCGAAGAGAAGCUGCCCGAACUGAAAAGCACCAUUGCAGAGGAGAAGAAGGAGGAGCCAAUCGAGGCAAUCUCAGAGAAGAAAGCCAAGUCCGAUGAACCCAGGGCGGAAGAAAUUGCUUCGCAGGCCCCUCUAGAAGAACCAUCUUCUGAGCUUCCCCAAGCUGCCACUGAGCUGCCUGCACUUGCUGCAGAAGCCCCCAAGCCGGCUGCUGAUGAACAGCAACCAAUUGCCGAUCAAGUGGCUACUGAUGCCAAACCAAUCGAAGCUGAGAAACCCGUUGAAAGACAACCCGAAGGAAAGUCAGCCGAAGCUUUAGUAAAGCCUGCAGUUGAGGCCGUCCAGCCCAUCGCUCCCAUCAACGAUGAGCCAGCAGCAGCAGCAGCAGCAGAACCGGAAGCAGAAAAACCAGAAAAACCAGUAGAGAGCGCACCUAGUUCUUGAAUCGAUCCAUAGUGCGAAGCAAAUUACUGACUGAUUUAAUUAGCGAGGUUUGCUUGCCCCUUUGUUCAGCCACACUUAAUUAUUUUUUUACUCGGUUUUUUUCUUUGCGCGAACACUUGGGCGGACCGAACCUCACCUAAAUAUCUUUGCGAGUGCUCAACCUGUAGGGGACCAAUAACUAACUAGUGUAGGGUUUUGUUUUCUGGUUUUUAUUGUAAAGAGGAAAUUUUGUAUGUUUUGUUUUUUAUUUUUAUUAUUUUACUGCUGUACUUUUUCGUUUCUGAAAUCUGUGAAUACACGUCGCCAAAACAGCGUUAGAUAAAGGUAGUUUUACAUAUGCAACACGUCUUCAACCGUACAGUCAUAAUGGAGUUUGGCCAUUGUGCAAAUUAUUUAAUUACUACUUUAGUAUAGUACUGUGUAUUUAAAGCUUUUUAAUAAAGUUUUAUACAUGA